AGAAAAAAAUUGAAUAUUAUUAUUUAUGUAUAGAUAUGGUGUUGAAUGUCUAUUUCGAUUUUAUACAUAUGAUCUAGAAAAACAUUUUCGUCAACAUGUAUUUGAAGAUUUUCAACAAGACACUCUUUGUGAUCAUGAAGCUGGUCAAUUAUAUGGUUUAGAAAAAUUCUUGGCAUUUUUAAAAUAUUCUCGACAAAAACCAAAAAUCAAUUCAAAACUUGAAGAAAUUUUAAAAAACUAUAAAAAUCUUGAAGAUUUUCGUGUUGAUGGUGCAUCAUUUCCACAACAAUUUUUUCCAACAAAAUCAAAUUAUCCAUUCGAAGCAAUUGCUGCUGCAGUAGCAAAGAACAGUGAUACAUCAAAUUCAUUAAAACCCAAUGGUGAACAAUAUCUGAACGGUGCUCAUAUUUUUUCAAAAGAAUUUAGCGUUUUAGGAAGAAUUGGUAUUGGUUUAGCUAUUGUUGGUGGUGUGAUUAAUUUUGAUGGUGGUCAUCGAAAUAUUAUUUUUGAUCGUUUUCAAGGUGUUAAACUAGAUGUUAUUGAAGAAGGAACUCAUUUUAUGAUUUCAUGGCUUCAUAGACCAAUUAUAUUUGACAUUCAUUUACAAACAAUUAAUAUAACAUUACGUAUUCUUUAUCAACCAAGAGCUGAACUUUCACCAAAAAUUUUUUUGCAAAUUUGGUCUCAAUUUGAUGCUAUUGAAUUGAUUACACAACGUACACUUAUUUCUCAACGUAUUAGUGAAUUAUUAAUAGAACGUGCUGCUCAAUUUGGUUUAUUACUUGAUGAUAUUUCAACUACACAUUUAAGUUUUAGAUCUGAAUUUACAAGUGCUGUUGAAUUAAAACAAGUUGCACAACAAGAUGUUGAAAAACAACGAUUUUUAGUCGAAAAAACUGAACAAAGUCGUCAAGCAAAUGCUAUUGCAGCAGAAGGUGAUGUUCGUGCAGCUGAUUUGAUUGGCAAAGCUUUAGAUGAAGUUGGUGAUGGUUUGAUCGAACUUCGACGAAUUGAAGCCGCUGAAGGUAUUACAAAUCAAUUAUCAAAAUCAAGAAAUAUCGUCUAUUUACCACAUGGUUCUCAAAUGUUACUUAACAUUACUGGUGCUACGCAAUAA